AAGGAAAAAAAGAAAAAAAAAACGAAGCUGCUUUCAAGUACAGAAGAGACCAGGCCAGGAUGAACACAAAGGACGCAAAAGUGUCUGAAGGAGGUCUCAAUGUCACGCUCACCAUACGCCUCCUCAUGCAUGGCAAGGAGGUUGGAAGCAUUAUUGGAAAGAAAGGUGAGACAGUUAAGAAGAUGAGGGAGGAGAGUGGUGCUCGAAUCAAUAUCUCAGAAGGCUCCUGUCCAGAAAGAAUCGUGACAAUAACAGGCCCAACAGAUGCAAUUUUUAAAGCUUUUUCUAUGAUUGCACUAAAAUUUGAAGAGUCCACAGGAGCCCAGGUGCAAGUGGCAGGCGACAUGUUGCCCAAUUCGACGGAGCGGGCGGUGACCAUCUCGGGCACCCCCGAUGCCAUUAUCCAGUGCGUGAAGCAGAUCUGCGUGGUCAUGCUCGAGUCCCCACCCAAAGGUGCCACCAUCCCCUACCGUCCCAAACCUGCCUCUGCACCUAUCAUUUUUGCAGGUGGCCAGGUAAGAGCAGACACCAUUUUGACUUCAGCUGGAAACCACACCGUCUUGGCCCAACCUCAGCCGGCGCCUGCGUUUACGAUUCAGGGCCAGUAUGCCAUCCCGCAUCCAGACUUGACCAAGCUUCACCAGUUGGCUAUGCAGCAUCCCCCCUUUACUCCCCUUGGGCAGACCACCCCUGGUUUCCCUGGACUGGAUGCCACCACUCCAACCAGUUCCCAUGAACUUACUAUUCCAAACGAUCUAAUAGGCUGCAUUAUUGGCAGACAAGGCAGUAAGAUAAAUGAAAUCAGGCAGAUGUCAGGAGCGCAGAUCAAGAUUGCUAAUGCCACAGAAGGCUCUGCAGAACGGCAAGUUACAAUCACAGGAUCCCCUGCAAACAUCAGCUUAGCACAGUACCUCAUUAAUGCAAGGAUAUGUUCUUCUCUUGGUGUUCAGGGAUUCCCCACCCAUCGAGACGAGAAUAGACCCCUUCACUUUUAGUUGCACAAACACCAUAUGGCAUGUACCUGGAUCUCAGAAGAUAACAAUUUAAGAUCUUCAAGAAAGCUAAAGCAUGCAAAUAAAAUAAUGCACUUAUUAAUGGAGUUGCAGUGAGCUGCUCACCAGAGACAGAAACUCUAGUGAAAGAAAUGCUUUGACUCAUUUACUUAGAAAAGCCUGUGAACUCUCACAAUUCUGUGUGUUAUGGUUUAACACUUCUUUUGAUG